UUGGUGGUGCUCCGAUCAACCAACCGACGAUCGGAGAAUGGAGACUGCCGCCGGAGACUUUGUUUCACCUUACAAGCUUUUGCUCAGAGCCCUAACUCUCAUACCUAUCUCUCACUACCUCUUACUUGCGUUUUUUGCUUUGAUUGUUUUCGUAUACAAUCUACUCGAGAUUCAUAUUCUACAGGACAUUAUCAGUGGGUUUGGAGGUGGUCAUGUGUCUCUCACCUUCAAUUCAUCCUCCGAUUUGUACAGAGAAGUCAUAUCCAAAUGUCAUUUGCUUUAUGGAAGAUACGUCGCCACUGCAUGGCUUUCUAGUCCCCAUCUUCAGACUAUCUUACUGAAUGUUUUAGUAAAGACUCCGAGCUUCAGCUACAAAAGAGAGAUAUUUCGCACUUCGGAUGGUGGAACAGUAGCGUUGGAUUGGCUGAUGAACUCUGAUGUUUUGGAGACAAGCUUUCAAAUCAAUGGAACAAAUACAGUUGCUGAUAUUCCUCUUGUGAUAGUUGUUCCUGGCUUAACAAGUGAUUCUAAAUCCCCUUAUAUUAGGAAGAUUGCAUAUGCGAUGGCAAAACACGGAUGGAAUGUUGUUGUAUGCAAUCAUCGUGGGCUAGGAGGCGUUCCACUCACUUCCGAGUGCUUCUACACUGCAGGAAAGUCUGAUGAUUUAGGUGAAGUAGUGAAUCAUCUUCAUCGCACCCAACCCGAAACUCCUAUUUAUGCUGUUGGAACUAGCCUUGGUGCCAAUAUCUUGGUAAAAUAUCUUGGGGAGGAAGGGGUUAAUGUACCUCUUGUUGGGGCUGCAUCUAUCAGUAAUCCUUGGGACCUUUUGAUUGGUGACAGAUUCUUCACUCGUGCGAUUAUGCAGAGGUUUUAUAAUAGAGUUUUAGGGAAUUCCUUGAAAGGCGCUGCCAAGUUGCACCAGGAAGUAUAUGCUCGACUUUCGGAUUGGGAAGGAAUUGAAAAGUCACGUACAAUUCGAGACUUCAACAAUUACUCUGCUAGAAUUGCUGGAAAUUUUGAUUCAAUUGAUGCAUUUCAUAGAUGGGCUAGCAGUGCCCGUCUGGUUACCAAUGUCUCGGUGCCUCUUCUCUGUCUUAAUGCCAUAGAUGAUCCCGUCUGCACCGAUGAAGCCAUUCCUUGGGAUGAGUGUCGGAAAAAUAAAAAUAUUGUUCUUGCUACCACAAAACAUGGAGGGCACAUUGCAUUUUUUGAAGGAACGUCGGGAAAAGACUUGUGGUGGAUAAGGGUUGUUGAAGAAUACCUCUCUAAUCUGCAUGCAAGUUCAAUCAGAAAACAGCAGAUGCAGAAGUUUAAAGACUUGUCUUCCGAGACUCUGUAAUUUGAGUAUUCUCUUUCUCAAGACAAGAAGAAAAUCAAUCUAGUUUCCAUAUACUACAAUACAGUUAGAGUCAUUUCUUGCAUGGUAGCCUCUAGUUCUUCUUUCCAUUGUUGUUUCUGAAGAAUUUCGUACGUAAAAUCCACAAUUCUUAGUUGAAUAACCCCAAAAAAGCCGGAACAAGAGUCGGAAAUAUGAGCAUUCCAUUUGUUGAUGUUAACCAACAGGAAUGGAAUGAAAGUAGUGGGGGAAAUUGGUAAAGUGUACCUUAGAAAGCUAAUGUUGUCAAUGUAACAUGUUAUUGCAAUGUGUCUACUUUCUUGUAGUGAUUUUGUAUUUAUUCGUAUUUUCUCGUAUCAUUAUCACUCUUGGUCUUCUCGGUUAAGGCAAUUAGGAGACAAGCGAAUGGGUGGCUCACGUUCUUGCUCAAUUGUCCCGACUAAUUUCUUGUCUUGUUAUGUAUCGUGCUUUACCGUC